CCAGACUCCAUACUGAGACACAGGUCCUUCACAGAGCUGCAAGCUCCUCCAGGAGUCAGGAACCAGGUUUCUCAGACCUCAAGCUGCUCUGGACACAACCCCAGAGCCCUGACACAGCUGCCAGGUUCGUCUGCACAGAACAACCAGGUCUUCAGGAGGAUGGAGUUUGGUUUGGAGGGAACCGUUUGGAUGCUGUUGUGAAGAAACUGUUUCGUUUCAUCUGAUCUGAAGGUGAACGCAUCUAAGAGAUGCAGAGAUGUUGUGUCAAUGCUUCCACUCGCUGAUGGGGGAUGUGGGGACAGGCAGAGAUGAUGAUGAUGAUGGUCUCUGGGAUGCUCCAUCGUUCACGUGAAAAAGACAAUAACACGGCAGCUCAUGUGCCACCGGGAUAGUAAUCCUCCAUCAUCGAGAGUGCAGAGAUGUGACAGAGUGCAGACACACAGCAAGUGCAGAACCACACACAGUCAUUAAGGACCACGUGGGUUUAAACACACAGGAAACAGAGAUAUAAAGGGCAGUUCUGCGUGUUUCUCUGUGUAGCAGCAGCAUUAGGAUGGAGAGAAAGGAUUUUAUGAAUAAAGGAAUGGAAAAUUAGCCUGAUCCACUUUGAAAGGAACUCUGGUGUUUGUGUACUUCAGCUGCAGAUGAAUACUGUUUUUUCUGCACAGAUAUAAUGUUAAACCUUACAGUUAGUGACAUUUUAUAGCACAAAAUGCUUGGCAGAUCAGUUUCUAUCUACCACACUGAGCAGACCACCCCACACCAGCAACAUGUUAGAAUCUGCUUCAUGUCUGUAUGUUUCUGUUCCUGUUUCAGGUUCACAGAGCGUGGAUCGAGAGAACCUUCCAGAAGAGAGAAUGUAUCCAAAUCAUUUCCAGCAAAGAUGCCAGCAGGUGCAGCUGUGGCCAGCUGGUGGCGCAGCACACCCCAAUCCCUGCAGGGGCAGUAGAGGACAUGGCCCAGCUGGUUCAACUGGAAGUCCAGCCUACAGAAAGAUGGAGCGCCAUAAAACACACCCAGACGUUCCCCACCGACGCCUAUGGGGUCCUGGAGUUUCAGGGAGGAGGACAUGUCAACAAGGCCAUGUACAUCAGGGUCUCCAAUGAUUCCAAGCCAGACUCUCUGCUCCACCUGAUGGUGAAGGAGUGGCAGUUGGAGCUCCCUACACUGCUCAUCUCCGUCCACGGGGGGCUCCAGAACUUUGACCUGUCCCCCAAGCUGAAGCAGGUCUUUGGAAAGGGGCUGAUUAAAGCCGCUGUCACCACUGGAGCCUGGAUUUUCACUGGAGGAGUCAGCACAGGGGUGAUCCGACAUGUCGGAGAUGCUCUCAAAGACCACUCAUCCAAGUCCAGAGGAAAGGUCUGCGCCAUCGGUAUCGCACCCUGGGGAAUUGUUGAAAACAAAGAGGACCUGAUUGGAAAAGAUGUGACGCGGCCCUAUCAGACCAUGUCCAACCCGCUCAGCAAGCUGUCGGUCCUGAACAGCAGCCACUCACACUUCAUCUUGUCUGACAACGGGACCACUGGCAAAUACGGAGCUGAGGUCCGCCUUCGUCGGCAGCUGGAAAAACACAUCUCCCUGCAGAAGAUCAACACACGUUUGGGUCAGGGGGUCCCGCUAGUCUGUCUGAUCCUUGAGGGGGGUCCUAACGUCAUCUCCAUUGUGCUGGAGAGUCUGAAGGAGGAGCCACCUGUCCCGGUUGUGGUUUGUGACGGCAGCGGUCGGGCCUCUGACAUUAUCUCCUUCGCUCACAGAUACUGUGAGGAAGAUGGGCUGGUGAAUGAGAGCGUCAAAGACCAACUGCUGGUCACCAUCCAGAAAACCUUCAACUACAGCCGCAGCCAGGCGCUGCAGAUCUUCCUCAUGGUGAUGGAGUGCAUGAAGAAGAAGACUCUGAUCACAGUGUUCAGGAUGGGCUCAGAGGGGCAGCAGGACAUUGAGAUGUCCAUCCUCACAGCCCUGCUGAAAGGUACAAAUGCUUCUGCUUCUGAUCAGCUGAGUUUGGCUCUGGCCUGGAACAGAGUGGACAUCGCUCGCAGUCAGAUCUUUGUUUACGGCCUUCACUGGCCUCCUGUGAGCGCCUUAACCGCUGAUCGGCCUAAAAGCCCGGCAGCCCAGCGACAAACAGCAGCAGCAGGUAAGGGGAAAGCCAGAGGAAAGAAAGGAAAAGGAGGAAAAACCAAACCGGAACCACCUGAGGAAACUGACCCACGGAAACUGGAGCUGCUCAGCUGGGUUAACUCCUUGGAACAAGCCAUGAUGGAUGCUCUGGUGUUGGACAGGGUGGAUUUUGUGAAGCUUCUGAUUGAAAAUGGCGUGAACAUCCAUAAUUUCCUGACAAUCCCACGUUUAGAAGAGCUGUACAAUACGAAGCUGGGACCUGCAAACACGCUGCAUUUUGUUGUACGAGAUGUCAAGAAGGGGAAUCUUCCUCCAGAUUACCAAAUAACCCUGAUUGAUAUCGGGCUGGUUCUGGAGUUUCUGAUGGGUGGAGCAUAUCGCUGCAAUUACACCAGGAAGAACUUCAGGACACUGUAUAACAACCUGUAUGGUCUGAAAAGACCCAAAGCUCUGAAGCUGCUUGGUAUGGAGGACGAUGAACCUCGACCAAAGGGGAAAGGGAAGAAGAACAAGAAAAAAGAGGAGGAAGUGGACAUUGAUGUGGAUGACCCUGAGGUCAGCAGGUUCCAGUAUCCCUUCAAUGAGCUGAUGGUGUGGGCGGUGCUGAUGAAGCGCCAGAAGAUGGCGUUGUUCCUGUGGCAACGGGGUGAGGAGGCCAUGGCUAAAGCCCUAGUGGCCUGUAAACUCUAUAAGACCAUGGCUCAUGAAUCAUCCCAGAGCGAGUUGGUGGACGACAUUUAUCAGGAUCUGGAAAAUAACUCCAAGGAGUUUGGUCAGCUUGCCUAUGAACUGCUGGAUCAGUCAUACAAACAUGAUGAGCAGCUGGCUAUGAAGAUGUUGACCUAUGAGCUGAAGAACUGGAGCAACUCCACCUGCCUGAAGCUGGCUGUAGCUGCCAAACACAGAGACUUCAUCGCACACACCUGUAGCCAGAUGCUGCUGACUGACAUGUGGAUGGGGUGCCUGAGGAUGGGCAAGAGCAACAGCCUGAAGGUGAUUUUAGGAAUUAUUUUCCCCCCUGCCAUCCUGCUCCUGGAUUUUAGACUUGGAGAUGAAGCUUCUCACCAAUCAUUGAAGGACAACAUGAUCGGGAAAAGUAAAGAUGAGGACAAAUCCAACAAGGAAGCUUCCUCGAACACCGACAUGAUGACCAAGAAAGACGAUGAAGAAGAGAGCCAGAAGAACCACCUGAGGAUUCCCAUUGGGAGGAAGAUCUACGAGUUUUAUAAUGCCCCUUUCACCAAGUUCUGGUUCAACACGAUCUCCUACCUGGUGUACCUCAUGCUUUAUAACUACAUCAUCCUGGUGAAGAUGGAGCGCUGGCCUUCUCUGCAGGAAUGGAUUGUCAUCUCUUACAUCAUCACUCUGGGCCUGGAGAAAAUCAGACAGAUCCUCAUGUCAGAGCCAGGAAAGCUGAAACAGAAGAUCAGUGUGUGGUUGGAGGAUUACUGGAACAUCACCGACCUGGCGGCCAUCACUGUCUUCCUGCUGGGCUUACUGCUGCGACUCCAGAGUGAGCCCUCCAUGGGCUAUGGACGAGUCAUCUACUGCGUUGACAUUAUUUUCUGGUACAUCCGAGUCCUCGACAUCUUUGGAGUCAACAAGUACCUGGGCCCCUACGUCAUGAUGAUCGGGAAGAUGAUGAUUGACAUGCUGUACUUCGUUGUCAUCAUGCUGGUGGUGUUGAUGAGUUUUGGUGUAGCUCGGCAGGCCAUCCUCCAUCCAGAUGAGGAACCUACAUGGCGUCUGGCUCGGAACAUCUUCUACAUGCCUUACUGGAUGAUCUACGGAGAAGUGUUUGCAGACUCCAUAGACCGUAAGACUAGCGUCUAUAUUUAUGCCAUGGAGAUUAACCCUCCGUGUGGAGACAACAUGUAUGAUGAAGAUGGGAAGAAGCUUCCUCCAUGUAUUCCUGGAGCCUGGCUAACUCCGGCUAUCAUGGCUUGUUAUCUGCUGGUGGCCAACAUCCUCCUCGUCAACCUGCUCAUUGCUGUUUUCAACAACACCUUCUUUGAGGUGAAGUCCAUCUCCAACCAGGUGUGGAAGUUUCAGCGGUACCAGCUGAUCAUGACCUUUCACGACCGCCCCAUCUUACCUCCUCCCCUCAUCAUCAUCCCCCACAUCUACAUUGUGCUGAAGAGGCUGUGCUGCUACUGCAGACGAAAGCCGGAGGGGGAGCGAGACGACCGCGAGAGGCGACUCCAGCUGGUGCUUAAUGCAGAGGAGAUAAAGAGUCUGUAUGAGUUUGAGGAGCAGUGUGUGGAAGAAUACUUCAGAGAGAAAGAAGACGAGAAGCAGUCCUCCAACAAUGAGCGAAUCAGAGUCACAUCUGAGAGGGUGGAGAAUAUGUCCAUGCGUCUCGAGGAGGUGAAUGAGAGGGAACACUCAAUGAAGGCAUCGCUGCAGACAGUGGACCUCCGCCUGGCUCAGUUGGAGGAGUUUUCAGGACGGAUGAUGAACGCUCUGGAGAAGCUGGCUGGCGUGGAUCGGGCCGACCUGGUUCGUACGCGCUCCAGAUCGUCUGUAUGUGAGCCAUCCUCUCUGCUGCGGCACGGCAGCAUCAACAGCGCUGACGGAUACAGCCUUUACCGGUACCAGCUGGACCAUGGUGACAGGACAGCUGGAGACACCGAGGACAAGAGAGUCCAUCUCAGUCCAGAGAGAAAAGCACCAAAACCAGAGGGAGGACAUGCAACAGGGGCCAUUAAGGAGCUUGUUUCAACUCUUGAAGUCGUAGGUCUGAGGGACAGGACCCAGUCUCUGUCCAACGUUGAUAUCUUGAUAUCCCCCUGUGACCCUUCCUCUACUCUAUCACAUGCUGGCCUGAUGCAGACUAAGGAUGCAGACUUAGACAAAUCAUCACAGAAGAGCAGACUGGGGACAGUUUCAUCCUUUCCCCUGGAGAAGUCCAAAGUAAUGCAGUAUUUAACAUCUCCAACUCUAGACAGCAAGAAAUCCAUCAGCACCAUUGCCUGUGACCCCAUCCAGCUGGAGGGGCUUGACAGUCUGACAUCCCCCCAGAUGAUGAAAGGAAAGGUUGAAGGUGGAGAGGAGGGACCCAAGCUGCCAGGUCAGGAACUGAAGGGUAAGACUGGAGUUGGUGAGCAGGAUGAGGAGCUGCUGGUGGAUGAGGACAGGAUCUACCCUCGCUCAAACAGUCUCAACACCAACCCAAGGAAAACUAGGACUAAGAGACAGGAGGAAGAUGUGAAGCUUCGAUCAUCUAGCAGUGUUAAAGACUUGGUGUCAGUGUUCAGGGGGGCUCAGGAAGCUUUGAACCAGAACCGGGUUCAGAGACUCUGAAAUUUUGUUGACUGAGGUGAGGUCUGGACUCAGCAGAUGUUCCAUGUUCUGGAGGUCAAUACUGACUGAAAAACCUGUCUUUAAAUGAUUAAAUGACCUGAACCGACCCAGUCUCACCAACAGUGUGUUGUCAUGCUAAAAACGUUAAACUUGGAAAUGACAACUUCAGGACAUUGGAGGUACUGGGAGCAGGUUAGUCCUGUAGAUGAUCGCUACCAAAGCUCUCCUCUUAGAUCAUUUUUUUCAGUGGAUAUCAGAGGGACAGUUUAUUGUGAAAGUACGGACUACAUGAGAGUAGUUAAUAUCUGACAUGAAAUGUAAGCAAUCAGAGAAAUCAAAGAAUGAUGGAAGAAUCCAGCAUAUGAUGCAGACUGAAUUUUAUUAAAGCAAGUAAAACUAAUACAGCAUAAAGUAGGUAAUAAAAUGUGACCGGUUCCACUGGGAUAUGACCAAUUAAUACAAGUUACUUUUAGAGAGGUUCUGCAUUUGUUUUUUGUUCAGCCUGCUAAUCUGUUAGCAUUUUAUUAAUAAAACACUGACUUGUGGCGA